UUUUUCGAGGGAUACAUACAAAAGUGUAUUUACAAUAACUUGAUAAUAAUUCAACUUGGUCUGAACCGAAGCUCAAAGUUCACCACACAAUUAUCUGGUCGUGCUUCGAAAGUUUUCCAUUCGAACGAAUCGAACACCAGCAAUUUUCCAAAGAAAAUUAACAAGGUGACGGAUAUUUCUCCUCGAUUGAAACAAAGGAGUAUAGAGGACGUGAAUGAAACAUCGAAGCGCGCGGAGUAAAAUCUAAAUAAGAUUUACGAAAUUCUUAUCAAAUUCCGCGCCAACUGUCAUCUCCCGGGUGAUUGAGUAUCACGUGACUCGAGAUUAGCCGAACGAAGCGACUAAGGUACCGAGGUUAUAAAUAGCGGCCACCAGAGAGCAGGGAGCCUCUUUUACUUUCCACGCUGUAAGAUAGUGCAUUUGCUCCGUGUUCGCCUGACGAUUACGUUCAGUGCUGUGCUAGUGUGGGAUUCGCUCGUGCGAAACCAACGUAGAGUGUAGAGAUCGGACUGAACUUUGUUUCCGUUAAUUAUUAGCGGUGUCAGGCAAACUGAACGCGUCAACGAAUUCGGAACACGUGGCUAGAGUACUUAAGCAUAGGCAAAAGAGAACAAAGCCCGCAGUGACGAGUACGAGAAGAAGGAAAAUGCCGGAAACCGCUCACCACAUGAACGGAUACGCGAACGGGCACACGCCGCCCGAGCUGCAGCAGGACACCAGCUUUCUCUUCACCUCGGAGUCAGUUGGGGAAGGCCAUCCAGAUAAAAUGUGUGAUCAAAUAAGUGAUGCUAUUUUAGAUGCACAUUUAAAGCAAGAUCCUAAUGCAAAAGUGGCUUGUGAGACCGUGACAAAGACAGGAAUGAUACUGUUAUGUGGUGAAAUUACAUCAAAAGCUGUGGUAGACUAUCAAAAAAUUGUUCGGGAUACUGUUCAACACAUUGGAUAUGAUGAUUCUUCAAAAGGAUUCGAUUGGCGUACGUUGAACCUUUUGGUGGCGAUCGAACAACAAUCUCCAAAUAUCGCUGAUGGUGUUCAUGUGGACAGGGAAGAGAAGGACGUGGGGGCAGGUGAUCAGGGUCUGAUGUUUGGAUAUGCAACAGAUGAAACUGAUGAAUGUAUGCCACUAACUGUUGUGCUGGCACACAAGUUAAACCAAAAAAUUGCAGAAUUGAGGCGAAGCGGUGAACUGUGGUGGGCAAGACCAGAUUCAAAAACACAGGUCACUUGUGAAUAUGUAAUGGAUCAUGGUGCCUGUGUACCCAUAAGGGUUCAUACAGUAGUGGUGUCAUUGCAGCAUAGUGAAAAAAUUAGUUUGGAGGAAUUACGUAAGGCAGUUAUGGAAAAGGUCAUCAAGGAAGUAAUUCCAGCAAGGUACCUAGAUGAUAGAACAAUCUUCCACGUUAAUCCUUGUGGAUUAUUUAUUAUUGGUGGACCACAGAGUGAUGCUGGUCUUACUGGUCGUAAAAUAAUAGUUGACACUUACGGCGGCUGGGGAGCACACGGUGGCGGUGCAUUUUCUGGUAAAGAUUUUACAAAGGUUGAUAGAUCUGCUGCUUAUGCAGCGAGAUGGGUUGCCAAAUCGUUGGUAAAAGCUGGUUUAUGCAGACGAUGCCUCGUACAGGUUUCCUAUGCUAUUGGAGUAGCAGAACCUCUUUCAAUCACAGUUUUUGACUACGGUACCUCAAAAUUUUCUCAAAACGAACUUUUAGACAUAGUUAAUAAAAAUUUCGAUUUACGACCUGGAAAAAUUGUAAAGGAAUUAAAUCUUCGUUAUCCCAUUUAUCAACAAACCAGUACAUAUGGACACUUUGGCCGGGAAGAAUUUACUUGGGAACAGCCAAAAACUCUACUCUUUGAUUGAUGAGAGCAUAAAUUUUAAAUUAGUUUGACGUUUUACAUCGUAAAACGUCUCUUAACUCGCUCUCAAUAAUCAUGUAUCUCGUAAAACUUUUUCGAGAUUUUCCGACCUCCGCGCUACUUCGCCAAGUCCAUCAAUUCCUUUUGCCAACUUAGUGCUAGCAGGAAGAUUGUCAUACUAGAUUUUUCCACAUCAUGAGAUACUUUGUAUUAUGUGGUAUAGUACAAAUUUCGUUGAUCCAGC